GGCGGAGUCUGUGCCGUACAAGGCUUCCUAUUGCUGUUCGUUUAUGGAUGAAGACGCCUGCAUGUUCGAGGACGCCACAGUCCUGAAAGAUGAUGCAAAGAGGAAGUGCCGCGUUCAUGGACAGAAUUGCGAGUUGCCAGACCGUGUAGAUGCAUUUGGGGCAGGCUUUAGCUGUACCUCUUACAGUAUGCUCAACAAGAACGCCUCAGAAAACGCCACCGCUAUGACCAAAUCUGUAAAUCAAGAUCCUUCCGGAAACGUGGCCAGCGUUACUACAUUCCAUGGUUGUUUGGAUGUUCUUGAUGAAUGCUCACCUGUGUGGGCUGUAUUCGAGAAUGUGGAGAGCAUUGACAGAGAAGUUGACGAUGACACGCAGACCAACCUCGAAUUGUGUCUAGCCGCCAUCGCAGAUCGCGGCUACGCUAGCCAGAGUUUUCUCUUGGACGCACUAUGGUUUGGGUUGCCCCAAUCGAGAAGACGGGUGUACAUUGUUUGCCUGUCAAUCAGAGACAGGAAUGUUGGGUGCUCCGCUGAAGAUUUUCUAUCAAAUGUGCAAAGCAUCAUUACAAAGUUGUACCUGCAAUCGCCUCCCGCUGAACCUUUGUCGGCUCUAGACUGUAGCGCUUUUUGGUUACUGUUGGUUGGUCCACCUAGAUUCAUCCCACUCUUGGUUCCAUCUGAGGACAAGUUCCUUCUGCCCGAUACACAUGCUCUUGUCAAAGGCCAUCUUCGGUCGCUUGAGGCAGAUCGUCAGCAGAGACUGGCCAAGGAACAAGAACAAGAUACAAGUAAGGCCCAUCCUAAGAAUCCCAGUUGGAUGGCCUUGCACAUGAAUGUUGCGGAAAAACGUGGUAUUACUUGGCCGCUGAACGUGUGCAAGCAAGUCAAGGAGAGUCCUUGGUUCCGCGUCCUGACAGAACGUGCUCAAGAGGUGGUUGGCUUUGCGUCUGAUGAGCGUGAGCGCUUGGGAAAGCCCGUGGACUAUGCAGACGUUUAUCACUCUGCAUCUCGGUAUUCGACCGGGCGUGGGAAUUUCCCGAUUGUGCUGCCUCGCACAAUUGGAUGGACCUUCCUACGCCAGAGGCUUGUCCUGGGAAGGGAACUUAUGAUGUUCCAGGGGCAUUCAGUGUCAGCAGACUGCGACUUAACGGAGGCUCAGCUAGGCAACAUGGCUGGAAAUGCAUUUGCUGGCAACGUGGUGAUCGCGGUGGUGACAGCUGUGCUCGGCUCCCUGAGAUUCGUUAGUGAAUCAGAGGAUGAGGAAACAAACUCCAUUUUGGAUUUGGUGAAUACAGUCACCGGUUGAAUCAAAACGGUUCAACAAAUUUCAGCACUAGUUCAGGUCUAUGUGUGAGGCACUGUGCGAAUGCUUGUGGCUUAUGCCACGCCUAUGUGAAAGACAUGGGUUGGCAUCGGGUGCAUUGAUCAGUGUCUGUGUAAUUCCUUUGGGCACAAACCUGUCAGAAAUGCAAAGCAUGGAAGAAACAAUGCCUUUGUUGCACGUCUGUCCUGCGUCGCUCGCACGUCGUUCGUACGUCGCUCGCACGUCGUCCGUGCGUCGCUCGAACGUCGUUCGUACGUCGCUCGAACAUCGUUCGUUCGUCGUUCGUACACAUCGGCCAUACCACGGGCGCUCAACAAGUCAUUUUCAUUUACGAUGUGUUCGAUUUAGAUAAAAUAUAUUUAAAGGCUUACGCCUAACAGCCGGGCGCCGGCCCACUUGGGUCUGUGUAGGGCUGGGUCGGGCGCACGUUAAGCUAUCAGGGGCAUACUGGGC